AAUCUGUCAAACCUCAUCUCUAUUCGGCAAUCUGUUGCACCUCAUCUCUAUUCGGCAAUCUGUUGCACCUCAUCUCUAUUCGGCAAAGCCGUGGCGCUUAUCUUAUAAAGAUCAAUCUUAGAAAUGGUGGGUUCAUUAUAUGAAUUGGUCCUGCACUUUGAGAAGGAGGUUGUCAUUGUGCGAAAUGUUAACCCAGAUAUGUAUUCAUACUUUAGUCUAUUAUCAGAUUGCCAUAAGGCAUUUAGGAUUAAAUCUGACUUUAUGGAUAUUAUUUCUAGUUGUGGAAUACAUGUUAAAGGGGAUGAUGAUGUGAAUAAAUUGUUUGAAAAGUAUGCUGAUAAUCCUGUGAUAAAAAUGAAUUGCUAUGAGAAACAUUAUGCAUUAUCUGUGAUUACUGAUGGGCCCUUGAAGUUUGUUUUGGAGACAGAAUCUGGUAGGAAAAGUGAACCUCCACCUUUCAAGCCCUUCUGGUUAAAGCAAUAUGAGAUGAAAGAAAAGUGCAAUAGUGAAAAAUGUGAAAGUAGUAAGGAGAAAGAAAAGAUUAUUUUGGAAGUUGAGGAUAGUGAGGGGAAUUCUGAAAAUGAUGCAAAUGAAUUUAUAAAUGAGACUGUUUAUGAUGAUUUUGUAUUUGUGGAGGAAAGAAAUGAUGGAGAUCAAACUGUUCAUAAAAAUAAUACAUCUAAAUCACCUGCAAGUGACUUUGUAGAGGUACCCGUGACGGCUCAAUCUGAAAUACUAGUUGAUGGGGAUGGAGGCACUAAUUGUAACAUGGGCAGUGGUAGAAAUGAAAAUAGGGGCAGUGGUAAGGAUAGAGUCAGAGUAAGUGUAAAAGGCAGAGGAAGGGGCUUAGCUAGGGGCUUAGCUAGGGGCAGGGGUAAUGGGAGAGGCAAUUUUAGUGUAAGAGGCAGAGGAAGGGGCUUAACUAGGGGCAGGGAUAAGGGUAGUGGAAAUAAUUUGGAGUCUGCUGAUGCUAGUGGCAGUGGAAUAACUAAGGGUACUAAGAAUGGCAAGGGCAAAUGUACAGAAUCAGAAAUGAGUGAGAGUGAAAAUGAAUAUCAAUUUGAGUCCUCUGAUGGCAGUGAUUGUACAAAAACUGUUGGAAUUGAUGAAUUAGAUGAGAUUAGUAGUGAUAGUCAUGUAGAUUCAGAAGUUGAGUUAAAUGAAAUGGAUAUUGCUAAGGAUAGUGAUGGAUUGAGCAACUUAGAGUCAGAAGCUUCAAUAGAUUCAUCAUCAUCAGAUAGUGACAGUGCACCAGACCAGAAGAAUCAUUUGCAUGGAUUUUACAAUAAUCCAUUUACAUAUAAUGGUGAAGGUGAGAUCCAAUUUGAGAUUGGUCAAUGUUUUGUUGAUGCUUCUGCCUUGAGGAAUGCUUUACGAGAUUAUGCUAUUAAGGGGGGUUAUGUUAUUAGAAGGAAAAAAAAUGAUUUGAAAAGGGUUACAGCUAUAUGUGCCACCGCUGGUUGUCCAUGGAGAGUACAUGCAUCAGUGAUACCAGAUGGUAGAACAUUUAUGAUUAAAACAAUGGCAAGUGAUCAUACAUGUAUUAGGGCAAUGGGUGAUAAAAAUGCAAAUGCAAAUUCUAAGUGGGUUGCAGGUAAACUAAUGGAUGCCUUAUCAGCAGAUGGUGAUAUGUCUUAUGACUUAAUGCGUCAUGAACUUGUGAAAGAAUGGGGAGUUGAGGUGAGUCAAUGGAAUUUAUACAAAGCUAAAGCAAGAGCUAGAUUGCAAAAUGAAGGCAGUCACAGAGAUAGUUAUAAGAUUUUAGAAGAAUAUGUGAAGGAGCUACAAAGGCAUAAUCCAGGAACUUUUGUCAAAUUUCAGUUUGGAGAUAGGCUUUCAGAUAAUGAUCCAAAAGUAUUUAAGAGGAUGUUUUUGUCUUUUAAACCAAUUAUAGAUGGCUUUAAAGCUGGAUGUAGACCAUUUAUAGGUGUUGAUGGUUGCCACUUGAAAGGUCCAUUUGGAGGUAUUUUGCUAUCAGCUAUAUCACUUGAUGGUGAUAAAGGUGUGAUUCCUUUAGCUAUUGCAAUUGUGGAGAUUGAGUGUGGUGCAAGUUGGGAUUUUUUCUUUGAUUGCUUGAAAACCUGCAUUGGUCCAGAAGAUGAUGAAACACCUCUGACAUUCAUGAGUGACAGACAAAAGGGACUUAUUCAAGCUGUCAAUAAUUGGUUUCCUGAGGCAUGUCAUAGAUUUUGUGCUAGACAUAUGUUCAACAACUUUAAGAAGCAAUAUCCUGGACUUGGUCUAAAACAAGAAUUUUGGAAUGCUGCUAGAGCCACACAUGGAUAUGAGUUCUGGGAGGCAAUGAAAAGGAUUAAAAGGGUUAAGGAUGGGGAGCCAUUUGACUGGUUAUUGAAGGUACCCAUGAGCCAAUGGAGUAGACACAUGUUUUGGCCAGAAGCAAAAUCAGAGCAUUUAACCAAUAACAUGACAGAAUCAUUUAAUGCAUGGAUUGGAAAAAUUAGAGGGUUGCCAAUUGUGAAACUGUUAGAUGCAUUUAGACAAAAAUGCAUGGUCAGACUCCAGAAGAGAUAUGCCAAUGGGACUUCAUGGGAAGGUAAGAUCACUCCUAAUGCUCGCAAGACAAUUAAUUCAAUCAUCAAGCAAGGGAAAAAUUGUAGGUUAUUGCCAUGUAGAAAUGAUGAAUUUGAAGUCACUGAGGGUAAUCUGAAAUUUGCUGUAAAGCUUCAGGAAAAAAAAUGCUAUUGCAAAUGGUAGGACAUAAGUGGAUUGCCUUGCAAACAUGCAGCCUUGUGUAUUGGAUACAUGCGUCAAGAUAUUGAGGAUUAUUGCCAUUAUUACUAUUAUAUUUCAACAUAUGUGAAGGUUUAUGAAGGGGUUAUUCACCCAAUGCCACAAGCCAAUUACAGUAUACAAGAUGAGUCUCAAUACAUUAUGCCACCACUUUUGAAAAGGUUACCUGGAAGGCCUAGAAAAGCAAGGAAGAGGGAAGAAGGUGAAGCUGCUCCAUCAAAUGUAAGGACCAAAUCAAAGACAACUAGAUGUGCCACAUGUAAGCAACUAGGGCAUAAUAAAAGGACUUGCCAAAGGGCACCUAUUAAGGAGAAUGUAAGUAUUUGUGGAUAUUAUUUUUUAGAUCAUAUAUUGAAUAAAUUAAUUUAAUCUCUUUUUUUUUGUAACAGAGAAAAGGCAGUUCAUCUAACAUACAUGGGAGACAUAUCUGAGAUGCCACAAGUAAUGAAGAUUUUGGAAGAUGCAGAUACUACCAAUACCCUUCAAGAUUUUGGAAGCUAGUUUUCUAUGGACAAUAUUGAUGUUGUACUUUUGUAUUUUUGUAAUUAUGGGUACAGGUAGUCCUGGUAAAUAUGAUAAAUUUUUGAGUUUUUUGGAGUAUAUAUGGGUACAGACUUUUGGAAGCUUAUGAUAAUUUUAGGAUAUGCAGAAAAAAGUUAUAGUUAUGAUCUUUGUACUUGGGCAGUGAAUGGGCAAACUUUGAUA